CCCCAGCAGAAGGCCCAGAUGUCAGCGAAAGGAUGGUCAUCAUCACCGGACCACCUGAAGCCCAGUUCAAGGCCCAGGGACGGAUCUUUGGGAAACUGAAAGAAGAAAACUUCUUUAACCCCAAAGAAGAAGUGAAGCUGGAAGCCCACAUCCGAGUUCCCUCUUCAACAGCCGGCCGGGUGAUCGGCAAAGGUGGCAAAACCGUGAACGAACUGCAGAACUUAACCAGUGCAGAAGUCAUCGUGCCUCGUGACCAAACGCCAGAUGAGAAUGAGGAGGUGAUCGUCAGAAUUAUCGGGCAUUUCUUUGCUAGUCAGACUGCACAGCGCAAGAUCAGGGAAAUUGUACAACAGGUGAAGCAGCAGGAGCAGAAAUACCCUCAGGGAGUUGCCUCACAGCGCAGCAAGUGAGGCUCCCACAGGCACCAGCAAACAACGGAUGAAUGUAGCCCUCCCAACACCUGACAGAGGAGACCAAACACAGCCAGCAGAUCGGGAGCAAACCAAAGACCAUCCUGAGGAAUGAGAAGUCUGUGGAGGCGGCCAGGGCCUGCAGAGGCCCUGGGAAUCCUGGGCUGAGGGGAAGGCCGGGUUCCCCAGAACCACCAGCUCACCUGCCACCUCCCCGGUCUUCUGCAGGCUUCUCAGUCAUCCACCACUCAUCCACUCAGAUCUCUCUUUAACCCCCACGACGCUAUCCCUUUUAGUUGAACUAACAUAGGUGAACAUGCUCAAAGCAAAGCAAAAUUCAUACCUUUCUUUGUUGUGGAAAACCGUCUCUGUACAUGUGUGUACAUACUAGAAGGGGAAAGAUGUUAAGAUAUGUGGCCUGUGGGUUACACAGGGUGCCUGCAGCAUUAAUAUAUUUUAGAAAUAAUAUAUCAAAUAACUCAACUAACUCCCGUUUGUACUCAAUUAUUAAUUUUGUUUUCUUUUUGGAAGAGAAAGCAGGCUUUUCUAGAUUUAAAGAAAAAGUUUUUGCUUGGGAGGUCUCAUGAUGUAGAAAGGAACUUUGAGGCCACCCACACAAAAUUCACCCAGAGGGAAAUCUCAUGGAAGGACACUCGCUGCAGUUUUGGAUCACCUGUGUCUUUCAACAGAAGGGAUACCGUCUCACAAAGAGGGGACUCUGCCCCUCUUCAUCCCGGUCUAGUUCACUCACCCAUUUCUCUUGACUUCACAGGUUUUAAACUGGUUUUUUGCAUACUGCCAUAUAAUUCUGUCUCUCUCUGUUUAUCUCUCCCCUUCUUCCCUUUUUCCUACCCCUUCUCCACCCCCAUUCUUUUGAAUCCCCACAUCCCACUAUCUCAGUCCUCUGUAUCUAGCACCCUCCCCCCAGGCAAAGCAGUGCUCUGAGUAUCACAUCACACAGAAGGAACAAAUGCGAAACACACAAACCAGCCUCAACUUACACUUGGUUACUCAAAAGAACAAGAGUCAAUGGUACUUGUCCUAGCAUUUUGGAAGAGGAAAACAGGAUCCCACCAAACCAACCAGCCAACCAAUCAAAGAAAAAUUCCAUAAAGAAAGAAUGUAUUUUGUCUUUUUGCAUUUUGGUGUAUAAGCCAUCUGCGUUCAGUGAAAUGAUUUCUUUCUUUAAAAAAACAAUGUGGAAGAAAAUAGCAAUUUACAUAAGGUUGUUGGCCUAGGGCGUUAAAUUUACAGAUUUAUUUUAACGAGAAAAACACACACAAAAAAAAAGCUACCUCAGGUGUUUUUUUACCUCAGCACCUUGCUCUUGUGUUUCCCUUAGAGAUUUUGUAAAACUGAUAGUUGGAGCAUUUUUUUAUUUUUUUAAUAAAAAUGAGUUGGAAAAAAAAUAAGAUAUCAACUGCCAGCCUGGAGAAGGCGACAGUCCAAGUGUGCAACAACUGUUCUGAAUUGUCUUCCGCUAGCCAAGAACCUAUAUGGCCUUCUUUUGGACAAACCUUGAAAAUGUUUAUUUAAAAAAAAGACAAAGAAAAACAGAGAGAGAAAAUAUUGGAGAUGUCCUGAAUUUCAAUAGGGUACGCGCCAUUAGGGCUUUUUGUGCUAAAGGAUGAACAUGUACUGGUUUAUGUGAACAAGACGUUACACCAUCAGACUGCAAUGCCAGUUUCCUCUACUGCAAACAGUGUUCUGUGACAAAAAAAAAAAAAA